AGAAAUUUAGCCGUUCCCGUUUCAUCCAUGUUUUUUUGAUAAAGCCGUUCCCAUUACCUGUUAAAAAACCCACUCUCUACUUUUGUAAAAAAUCAUAGCGCUAAAAUCAGAGCGCCAAAAUUAGUGUUAAAACAAAUUACGCUCAUAAGUGAAAAAAUUUGAGCGGUAAGUGAAAGUUUUUCCCUCCCAAAUUCAUCAAAUCUUAACCCUAACCCGUUUUUGUUUUCAAUUAAUCAGAUGUUGAAUCUUUCUUGUUUUCUCACAAACCAUAACCCUAAACGCUCGUGACUCCUUUUUUUUGUUCUUUUGCUCGAAAACGCCUGUGAAAAUCCUAUUUCCGUUCUUCAGAAGAUGAAUCUUUAACGAUGUCCCGAAACGCUAGCUACUCGUGAUUUCGUUCUUUUGCUCUGUAACCAGGGUAAGAGUCUUUUGGCAGAUUCUAACACAAAACAACUAGAGUCCAUUUCUCUAUCUCAAAGGAUCGGAUAUCCGAAGUAUCAGCAUAAGUUCAGACCUUACUGAAGCUACUACUUUUUCUGCCCAACUGACACUAUACCAGUCUCCUCGUAAACCCGAUGGACAAGGAAUGGACAAAGUUAAACCCCGCGAGUAAAGAGUAUCAAAAUGGUCUUGAUUUUUUUCUAGAUUAUGCAUACACCAAAGGAAAACCCCGCGGAAAAGAGAUUUCGUGUCCUUGUGCUAAAUGUUACAAUAGCAACUGGUUUACAAGGAAUGAAGUACGAAAUCAUUUAACCACAUUUGGAUUUCAAAAAGGAUAUGAUGUUUGGGUUCGACAUGGUGAGAAGAAACCAAAACCCGGUGAUGAUAAUAGUAUGAAUCAUGAAGAGGAUCAAAUUGAUGAUAUUGAUAGACUGUUGCAUGAAAGAUUUAGAGAUAUUGUACCAGAAGACAAUGAACUAAAUAUAGGCCUCAACGAAGAUGCAUAAAAGUUCUACAAUCUAGUUGAAGAAGCCAAACAAGAUUUGUAUCCGGGUUGCAAAAACUUUUCUAAAUUGUCGUUCACCAUUCGUCUUUAUUUAUUGAAAUGUCUUUAUGGUUGGAGCAACGUAUCAUUCAAUGCUCUCUUAGAGUUGUUGAGAGAAGCUAUGCCUUCAUUGAACAUCCCUGAUACGUUCAACAAAACUAAAGGCAUGAUCAGAGACUUAGGGUUGGAUUAUAAGAAGAUCGAUGCUUGCCCUAAUGAUUGCAUGAUAUAUUGGAAAGAUCACGAGAAUGAUACUUCUUGCCAUGUUUGCGGUGCUCCACGGUGGAAUGAAGAUGUAGAAGGAAAUGAUAAAGUUGAAAAAAAUCAUAAGUCUCAUAAAGUUCCUUCAAAAGUUUUGAGACACUUUCCCUUGAUUCCUAGACUUCAACGACUAUUUAUAUGUUCGAAGACGGCUAACUCAUUAAGGUGGCAUGAUGAAGACCGGUCGAAAGAUGGGAAGUUGAGGCACCCUGCAGAUGGAGAAGCAUGGAAAGAAUUUGAUAAAUGUCAUUCUGAAUUUGCUAAUGAUCCGCGUAAUAUAAGACUUGGAUUGGCUAGUGACGGAUUUAAUCCAUUUCGAACAAUGAAUUUGUCUCAUAGUACUUGGCCCGUAGUAUUAAUGCCAUACAACUUUCCACCUUGGUGGUGUAUGAAGGCUGAAUAUUCUAUGUUGUCUUUAUUAAUCCCUGGACCAUUUUCACAAGGGAAUAAUAUUGAUGUGUACCUUCAACCAUUGAUAGAAGAGUUGAAAGUGUUAUGGGAUUUGGGUGUAGAAACAUAUCAUGCAUCAUUAAAUCAAACUUUUCAAAUGCGGGCAGCUCUCUUGUGGACCAUUAGUGACUUUCCUGGGUAUGCUAUGUUGAGUGGGUGGAGUACAAAAGGGAAACUAGCAUGUCCUUGUUGUAAUUAUAACACUAAUUCGAUAUAUUUGAAUAAAAGUAAAAAGGUGUGUUAUAUGGAUCAUCGUGUUUUUUUGCCUGAGGAUCAUAAAUAUAGGUCAAAUGCUAGGAAUUUCAAUGGGCGCACAGAAGAUAGACCACCACCAGAGUUGUUAACCGGGGAACAAAUCUUGGAGAAACUAAAGGACGUCAAUAAUGCUUUUGGAAGGUUGCAAAAGAAAAGUAAUAAUGGUCCAUGGAAGAAAAAAUCAAUAUUUUUUGAGUUGCCAUAUUGGAAGCAUAAUACUUUACGCCACAACCUUGAUGUGAUGCACAUAGAGAAAAACAUAUUUGAUAGUAUAAUUGGAACUUUGUUGGAUAUCCCAGGAAAGACAAAAGAUCAUAAAAAUGCACGUUUAGACUUGAAAGAGAUGGGUAUUAGAAAGAAACUUCACCCCAAAGAGGUAGAUCAAGGCAAAAAGUCAGUGCUUGCAAAAGCAUGCUUUUCCAUGACUGCAAAGGAGAAAACUACUUUUUGUUCUGUAUUGAAAAAUGCAAAAAUACCGGAUGGUUGUGCUUCAAACAUUUCAAGGUGUGUUCAACUUGCUGAAAAGAAAGUUAGCGGAUACAAAAGCCACGAUGCACAUUUCAUGUUGCAUUACUUGCUUCAAGUGGCUGUGAGAAGUACAAUGCCAAACCAGGUUGCACACCCAAUAAUCCGUCUUUGUUCAUUUUUUCGUUGUUUAUGUCAAAAGGUGAUUGAGGUGGAAAAUUUGGAUAUCUUACAAUCUAGGAUUGCUGAAACUCUUUGCCAAUUCGAGACAAUUUUCCCCCCGAGUUUCUUUGAUAUAAUGGUUCAUUUGCCAAUACAUCUAGUGAAUGAGGUAAGAAGGGGAGGACCUGUUCAAUUUCGGUGGAUGUACUUUCCAGAAAGAUAUCUAGGAAAAUUAAAGGGAUAUGUUCGUAAUAAAAGUCGUCCCGAGGGUUCUAUUGCUGAGGGUUAUUUGGUUGAAGAAUGCUUGACAUUUUGCUCUCGGUAUUUGCAUAGUGGUGUUUAAACAAGAUUCACUAGAAUGACAAGGAAUAGUGAUAGAUGUGAUCCUCAUGAACAUGAAAGUUCAAGCUCUUGUCUUAACAUUGGUCAUCCUAUUGGAGGAAAGAGAAAGGGUGAAGCAAUUUCAUUGGAUUGCAAGUCAAGGAGUUUAGCCCAUCGUUACAUCUUAUUCAAUCAUGAAGAUGUCCAAAAAUUUAUAAGGUAAAUGAAUAUAUGUGUAUGUUUCAAUUGCAUAAAAGAGUUGUUUUAUAAUAACUUUAACAAUGUAAUUUUAAUUGUAGUGAGCAUGAAAAUGUGAAUCCCAAUAAGAGAAAGGGGUGGAGCAAAGCAAAGAGUCAAGGGUUAGAUUUUGUUGAAUGGUUUAAGAAGCGAGCUUUGUUAAGUGAUGUAUCUGGAAACCUCAGGAAGCUAUCUAGAGGACCAAAUCAAAUUGCCCGAAGUUUUUCUGGAUAUGUAAUUAAUGGAUAUAGGUUUCAUACAAAACAACGUGAUGCUAGACGUAAAACACAAAACAGUGGUGUGACACUUGCAGCAAUAACUGCAAGUUUUUCAAGUACCAAAGAUGAAAAUCCAAUAACACAAUCAAUAACUUACUAUGGAUUAAUUACCGAAAUAAUUGAGGUAGACUAUUAUGGUAACUUGAAGUUUGUGUUAUUUAGAUGUGAUUGGUUUGAAGUUGAAGAGGAAAAAUAUGGGAUGACUUGUGUUUACUUCAACAAAAGAUGUUAUGUGGAUGAUCCUUUUGUAUUGGCUUCUCAAGUCCACCAAGGAUUUUACAUUCAAGAUCCUUCUGAUGCAAAUAAACACUAUGUUAUGAAGUCUAUUCCGAGGGAUUUUUUUAAUAUGAAUGAACAAUCAAAUUCAAAUCCUCAACAGCUGUAUAAUUGUGAUAUGUCAGAACACGCAGUAAAUUAAGCUUCAAGCGAUGAGAUUUGUGAAGUUGAUUUUGUUAGGAAUGACAUUCCUCCAACAAUUGUUGAUAAUUUUAUACCUAUGCCGGAUGUAAUAGAAUCCGACACGAAUCUAAUUUAUAACAAUUUUUAUGUAUGUUGUGUGAAUUUCUAAACAAUUUAUGUAUGUUGUGUUAUCAUUAAGUUAUUGUUGAGUUAUCAUUGAUGUUUUCCAAGGGUACCUGUUUCUUGAGUUCCUUAGCUUUGAGUUUUCUGUGUUUUGGGAUUCAUAGUAAUUACAGUAAGAUUCCCUCUCAAUUCUUUCAAUUGCAACUUUGGCUCAAUGCACUUCAGCAAAUUACAGUAAGAUUAUUUCACUCUGCAUGUUGUUCUUCAAUUCAAAUAAAAAAUAAUGAAAAUUUUAUUUUAUGU